ACUCACUCGAUCACCACCUUCAAAGAGUGCAUCAUGCUGGUCACCAUCCCCGAAAAAGGUGCCCUUCAAGGAGCGAUUAUAGUUGAUUCGGCUACGGGAAGACCGAAGUGCCAUCGUUUUUCCCGAGUUCCAUAUGCCCUCCCUCCGACGGGAGCGAGAAGAUGGAAAAGACCAGAAGCUCUGCCACGUAGCUUUUCAUACGGCUCGGCGCAGAAUCCAACCCAAUACAACAAACCUUGCUCACCAUGCCCCCAGCUCCCCAAGUUCGGGGUAAAAUCAUCGUCAGAUGAAGACUGUCUUCAGCUCAAUAUCUAUGUGCCGCUUGGGAACCCUCCGGACGGGGGCUGGCCUGUCUUUUUCCAUAUGCAUGGGGGCUUUCUUCAAUUUGGAUCAAAUAAUUCAGAAGAUCCAUCAGAUCUCCUAAUCGAGACGGAUGCCAAGUGCAUUAUUGUAUCACCAGGCUACCGUCUCGGAGUUUUUGGUUUCUUAUCUUCGAAUGAGUUGUCGAAAGGUCUUGGAUUGGGGGCCAAUUUUGGGUUCUGGGAUCAACGCCUCGCUCUCGAAUGGACAUAUGAGAAUAUAACAUUCUUUGGAGGCAACAAAGAAAACAUCACCGUCGGAGGGCUUUCUGCUGGAGCUUAUGCAACGUUCCAUCAACUGGCAUAUGAUAUCGGACCUAACUCGAAAAAGCAAAUAAUUCGUCGGGUUUUCCUAUGGUCAAAUGGGUGCGGUGUUGAGCCAAAACGAGUCUCGGAAGCCCAGCAACAGUUUGACGAAUUAAUCUCUGUCUUGGGGAUACCCUAUUCAUGGAGCGAUUCACAGAAGAUUGAAGCACUUCGUCGCAAAUCAUCAGACGAACUCAUCCAAGCUGUUGGUAAACUGAAACAAAAGUUUUUCAGGCCCGUCCUGGAUGGCGAGUUCAUGUCAGAAGAUCUAUUCCAGAGAAUCUACAGCGGAGCAUUUGGUAAACGCAUGAUGGAACUCGGGAUCCAGACCAUGAUUGGAGAUUUAACGCAAGAAUUUCAUCUCUACAAGAUGAUCUAUCCCCCAAGUUCGUACGAGUCGUUGGUUGACCGCCUUUCAUGGGAUUAUCCGCGCGAUAUUGCCGUCGCAAUCAGCUCUCCGUACAGGAAUUCCUCUCUAUCAAGGGAUGAGUGGAAGGACACGUUCGGAAGGCUGUAUGCCGACAUGCAGAUUCAUUCUACGCUACGGGGUUUUAUACAGUCGAUUGCAAAACAUGUGCCGCUCAGCCAUAUCCAUCGUUACAGAAUCGACUGGAGAACGAAGAGUAUCGACAAGAGGCUUCCUCCGCAAGUAGGAGCUACGCAUGGCACCGAUAUGCCUAUUUGGUUCUUCGGCAAUGGCGAUACCUUGACUCCGUCAGAAAAGGAACUCAUCCGUACGUGGCUAGAGCCAGUGACGGCUUUUUUGAAGGGGGAGGUCGUCGUGUGGGGAACUCAAUCAUUGACUGAGGUUAGGUAUCUCACCGCUGAUGGUCGAAUUGAAAUCAAGCAGGAUGAAGUUUGGGAAAGCAAGACGCCGUUAUGGAACCUCACCAAGAGAGUAACCCAAAAUCGGGCCUCGACACAUCGACCUGAGAUCUUUGAGUGAUGACAGUGACCUUAGCUCAUUGAUGUAUGUGCAUAUGUAUAUGUACGCAAGUAUUAUUCGACGGGACGACAAACGAAAACUCCUUUUCCUGAACCACGAUGGGUAGUUUUUGCUUCUAAAAUUUAAAAUCAUAGCGGCCAUCUAUUCCCAGGAAUCAGCAUUGAUGGGAUUAAGAAGGAGCUCUGCCGUGGAUUGGUACAAAUUCGUGGACUAGGGGGAAAUGUAAAUAUAUAUAAUAUUUGCUCUUACGCCGACCCAGCCAGUGGCUCUGCGGAACUUCUACUAUAUACAGGAUAAACCAGC